AUGAAUCGCGCGCUCGCCGGUACGCUGUCGACGCCCACAAAGAAGACGAAACCCGCGUGGGCCUCUGCCUGGCGGAAGAAAGAAGACAAUGGUACCCUAGACAUCGCCUUCAUCAGCGCCCCAGCGUUCGAGAUCAACCUGAAGCGCGAGGAUGUAGAGCUAGGCUCUAUAUCACUGUACGAGCUGGACCGUAUAAUCGAGGAUAAGCGAGAGAAAGACCCCCUAGAGGGCGAUAACCAAGAGACCCGAGACCUCAUCGCCACGAAGCUUCCAGAGGCGUUGAGGCCCUGGACGGACGCACUGAAAGAGGCCAACCGGACCCAGGUCCUGCUGCCGCCAGAGCUGCUGUCGCCGGACAUCGCCGCCGAGCUGCGAGCACUGUUGGAAAACGCGGCGCAGCAGCCCGAGCUCGCCGUUGGGUCCCUCACGCCGGAAGAAGAGCUCCAGGGGUACCUACUGGUCGAGAAGGUGCUGAGGCUCAACCGCGACCCCGCGACAGCGUCGCUGGCACCAAUGCGGACGCUGGCAGCCGAAGGUCGCGAGCGCUGGAAGAUCCAAGACGACGGAUUACUUACGAUGGGCGGCAAGCUCGUCGUACCCGAAGAGGACAACUUACGCACUAUGCUCAACCGCACCGAGGCUCAGCGGAUGGCCCAGGGCAUCCACGAGGCCUGGGAGAUCGCCAGGGGUAACAUGGAGGUCGCCCAAGCAAGACACCGGAAGUACGCCAACCGCCGCCGACGGCCCGACGACCUGAAGGUCGGCGACAAGGUCUUUGUGGACGUAUCCCACUGGAAGACUGACAACGCCAAUAAGCUGCAGCAGCCCUGGGCUGGCCCGUGGCCCAUCACGGGUGCCGGCCUGGGCGGUACAUGGAUCGUGGAGCUGCCCGCGGGGAGCAAAGCCCACCCGGUCUUCCACCCGAGCAAGUUACGGAAGGCCGCAGAGGACCCCCUACCCGGACAGCACCAGGACCCCCCGCCGCCGGUCCACUACGGCACUGAUGAACCUGAGUACGAGGUCUCACGGCUGCUUCGAUCACGGGUAUGGCGCGGCAAGCUACAGUAUCAGGCCGAUUGGAAGGGGUACGACGAUGACCCGACGUGGUACGACGCAGAGAGCUUCCGCCACGCUCCUACGGCACUGCAGGCCUUCCACAAACAACACCCUACGGCCGCGGGACCGCCGCGGAACCUCUCGUCGUGGAUGGAAGCAGCGGCCAGCGACAGCCCAGCCCUGCCACAGGCCGACGACAACGCUGUGGCAGCCCUCACUGUGAUGAAUUUGUCGGUAAACACAAACGACUGA